AUGCCGAUAACUCACCUACCACUCGAUCAUCUUUUAUCUUCCACUUCACCGGAAGAUUUUUCUUCCAGAAGACAGUUGUCGGAUAUAAGUACAUGUAUAGCAAAAGCUAAGAAAGUGGUGGUGGUUAGUGGAGCUGGAAUAAGUUGUUCUAGUGGAAUACCUGACUUUCGAUCAGCAGAUGGAUUAUACUCAUUGGUGAAAUCAAGAUAUCCUGACACGUUUUUCACUGGAAAAGAUUUAUUUUCAUCUGGAUUAUUUUCCAAUCCAUCAACGACAUCCAUUUUUUAUACAUUCAUAGCUGAAUUAGCUAUAUCUUGUUCAAAAGCUGAACCUACGAAAACACAUCAUUUCAUCAAAAAACUAGAACAGAAAGGAAAAUUACUUCGUUCGUAUACACAAAACGUCGAUGGAUUGGAAAGGAGAUUAGGUUUAGAAUCAGGUGGAAGAGGUAAAGGAUUCAAAAAGAAGACUACUAGAAACGUUGAAUUACAUGGUGAUUUGGGUAGAGUAAGAUGUGUUUUAUGUUUCAAAGAUUUUCAAGUGGAUAUGGAGCACACAGAACUGUUUAGACAGGGUUUAGCUCCUGACUGUCCUGCAUGUGAAGAACGGUGUCAAUCACGUAUAUCUCGAUCAGCACGAGCAACGCCGAUAGGUACAUUACGGCCUUCAAUCGUAUUGUAUGAUGAACCACAUCCAUUAGGAGAUGAUAUAGGAUCAUUAACGACAUAUGACCUUUCACGUCAACCUGAUUUACUGUUGAUCAUGGGAACAUCACUAAAAGUACAUGGAUUGAAACGAUUAGUCAAAGAAUUCGCUAAAUCAGUACAUACCGGAUCUAAGAAACGCGGUUUGGUGAUCUUCGUCAACGCGACUCCACCUCCUGCGAAAGAAUGGGAAGGUAUAAUCGAUUUUCACAUUCAAGGUGAAACUGAUAAAUGGGUAGAAAAAGUUGAAGAUGAAUGGAAGAAAAUCAAACCUACAGAUUGGCAAACUCAAACUAGAUUGGACGAUGAUAUGGUUAUAGUAGCUAAAGAUUAUAGACCCAGAAUCAUCAAAGGCAAGGGUAAAGCGAAAGCUAAACCACUUACUAGUUCAGAUAAGGUCAACCGAUCACUUCCAGAUCAAAUGCCAGUACACCUACCGACACCAAGGACAACAGCAUCGCCUCGUUCACCCGCAAAACAUCAUCAACAUCAACAGCCUUCUUCGCCUGUAGCGAACGGUAAAACCUACACUACUUUCGAUUCCGAUUCUGAAUUAAGUGAUGCACCUCCAACGCCACCGACGCCUUUCUCACCUAGUAAAAGAAGAUCAAACGCCUUUGAUAGUCCAAGUAAGAAAACAAAAUCUUUUGACAAAGAAAUCCCUAUAACUGGACUAUCAUCUACUCCAGGUAAAGGAAAUCUGUUUUCUACGUCUACAUCUGCAUCAAAAUCUGCACUUGUAUCUACGGCUGUAGCUAAACUCAAUGCUGCAAAGAAAGAAGAUGUCGAAGGUGAUUGGACGGAUGAAUGGGAAAUAUUUCAUGAACCAAAAUCAGGUUUGCACCUUGAAUCACCGAACAAAUACACUACUGCAAGUUAUAAAGUAUUAGAAGAACAAAAAGAGAACAUCCCACAUCCCAUGAAGAAGGAGACCGCUACUCGAAGUAGGAAGAUCAAAGCUGUUCCUGUAGGCAGUCCGAGGGUAAGAAGAACUAGAGUCAGAACGGUAAAGACGUAA